AUGGAAGUUCUGGUUAUGGCGGGAGAGGCGCUGGUUGGUGAUGUCUCUGGUAUCGUCCACCGUGUGCUCGUUGCCGUUGCAUCCGGUAGACCAAAGACAAUGAUCAAGACCAGGGGACCGGAGGCGUUGACUUUCUGGUUGGGGUUUGAAAUAACUCAAAAGAAAAAUGGGAGAGACGGGGAAGAGCCACGACGAAAACAACGGCAGAAACGGACUACAGCACUAGAGGAGAGGAAGGGCUUGGUGUGCCACGGGAAGAGGAAAGAGCGGCACGAACAUGCACACCAAGACGGCAGGAGAUACGACGAGGACUACGAGUACAAGGAAAGACCAACCGACGGGCGACGUGAGCAUGCUUUUGUCAGAGUCAACGAGCGUGAGGUGAACCAAAAUGGAAGGCGGGACCGACGCCUGCCAACUGGUCGUCCGUCCUCGCCAGACGACUCUGCUCAGAACAGACGACAAUAUUCCAGUGUUGACGUCUUUACGUCUUUUUGUGGCCAGAGGAAAUCGAUCAAAGGCUUAAAAAUCCUUCUCACUACUGCCGGCCGCUUGGACCGGCUAGGACGGAUUAGGACGCCACAACUUGCUCAAAGUUGCGCAUGGCCUGCAGCUCCUGCCAAACUGCGACGCUGUGCCUUCCCCUUCUCCAGCGCCAAGACCCACAUAACUGUCAACGGCAGAGCCUGCAAUUGGCUUGGCGAGGCAUUGGGGGGGUUUUGGGUUGGGAGGGGCUCGAGGGCCUCGUUGUCAGGAACUUGCUCACAUGGAGGGGCGGCAAGAGCGACCAUGCAGCCAAUGUGCAGACAGAGUGGAGCGCCAACAUGUACAUCGUAG